UGUCGUUCAGGACCACUCCGUCUAUCAUUACGGCCGUCUUCUUCUGUCAGUUGUGUAAAUACUGAUUUACACAACUCAGAGCCAUGGGGGCCAUUUCACCAGAGAACUCUGAUUAUCAUCAAAGUCAGACUGACGACAAAUUCAGACUAAAACUAAACCAGAGGAGAAUCAAACUGUGGGAACUGAAGUCUUUACUUGAUUUGCAAGCAGCUUUAUGAAUGUUUGUUAUGAAGUUCAUGCAAGGCAGUGCUAUCCUCUGCUCUGAAAUGAGUGAUUCUGUCUGAGUCCACAUUUAACACAGUUGCGAAACACUGACUAAGAAUCAGUCAACAUUCUUUAGUAUGAUCUCUUUUUACUUGUAUGGUGUUCAUCACAGCAGAAACAGACGCCCCCUGCUGUCUGUGUGUGUAAUUCAACGCUCAACUAUUUUUAAAAAUCGUUAUUAAACAUAUAAAUCUCAUUUUCUAGCAUAGAUAAAGUAUAUCUUGCUUACAUUAAAGGGCGGUAAAUCAAUUCACAGUGCUGUAAAAAGUGUUUAGCCUCCUCCUGGUUUCUCAGUUUGCUGCAUAUUGUGCAAAGCAGAGUGGGUAAAAUUCCUCCACAGUGAUGUGAAAGACUCAUUUACAGUUAUUACUAAUGUUUGAUUGCCCCUGCCAGUAGUAACAUAACCAUAUACCAGGUUUGGGGGAGGAUUACUUCUUCAUGUGGUCCCAGGAAGGUUAGGAUAAUUUUUUUCCCCUUAACAAAUGAAAUCAUCAUUUCAAAGCUGCAUUUUCUAUUUCCUUGGAUUAUACUUGCCAAAUAUUAACAUUUGUUUGAGGAUUUCAAACAUGCAAGUGUCUCAAAUAUGGAAAACCUAACAAAUCUGAUCUUAUGUGCAGUCUCCCUCCCCAUUUCGUGCACUUUCAAUGUUCAUAUAAUAAUAGCUGAAUGUGGAUUUAAGGCAGUUCACAGAUGAACAGUAGAGAGCAGCAAACCUCCAACUCUGCGUCCAGUCUGAAGGAUGAGGCAGAUGGGCUGAAGCAGAAAACCUGCGACUGAACAGUGGAGACUGUGUCCAGUUAGACAAGAGUACAAGUGCUCACAGCACCCUAACGCACGAAGAAGAAGCAGCUCUUCAGAUGUUACUGCUACUGCCGACGAAGAUGAACAUGUCCAGAAGAGCCGUGCUGGGUUUGAUUCUCCUUUGUCUGUCACCAUCAUCAUCUUCUGGAGACUCCUCAACCCUCAACAUUUUGCCUGGAGAUAAUGUCAUUCUGCCAUGUUACGUUCCAAAUGAUCAAUCAAUUGGAGCUGUGAUGUGGACCAGGUCUUACCUGAAUUCAAAAUAUGUAUUUUUUUACCAGAGCAAUGCAUCUGAUCCAGACACUCAGACGUCACCUUCUCUGAGACGCAUACAUCUGCUGGAGGAUGGUGAAUCGUCUUUGUUUAUAGUGGAAGCAACAUUUGCUGAGAUUGGAACGUAUGAGUGUCAUGUCACCCAGAGAGGAAAAAACAACUCUAAGGCGGCCAUUUUGAAGACCAAGCCAAUCAACACUGUCAAGCUGACAAUGGAACCGAUGAAAGUCUUAGUUGCACCUGGAGACAUUGCCAUUCUGUCGUGCGCGGUUCCAAAUAAGGAAUCCAUUGGAGCUGUGAUGUGGAUCAGAUCUGACUUGAAUCCAGAAAAAGAACUUUUUUACCAGAGCAAUGCAUCUGAUCCAAGCACUCAGCCGCCACAUUAUAUGAACCGUGUACGUCUAGUAAAUACAGACAUGGAGAAUGGUGAACUGUCAUUGUUUCUGUAUGACACGACUUUUGGUGAUGAUGGAACGUACGAGUGUCAUGUCACCCAGGUAGGAACAAGCAACUCUAAGGCAGCCAUUUUGAAGACUACGCCCAUCAAAAUCAUCAAGCUGACAGUGGAACCAGUAGAAGAAGAGUUUGAGGUUGGCCAGAGUUUGGAAGCAUGUGAUCCAUCUGUGUUUUUUCAGCCACUUGUUUUUGCUAUGGGAAUUAUGGUUGUCAUCAUAGGUAUUUUGAAAUAUUGUUUUGGCUGGCAUAAGGCAGCUCCAUGCACAGCCAACCUGCUUGUUAAAAACUAACAUUUUUCUGUAACCUUUUCGAACUUCUUCAGUGUUAGGUUUAGUUAUUAAUGUAUUCCUAUUCAUGUAAUUCAUUCAUGUUUAAGAGUUUGUUAAAAUGAACUGUAAAGAGCCCAGGUGGUAUGUUACAUGUUUUGUGAGGUUCUUUUGGUCAAACAUUGAGGGUUGGCUCUAAUGUAGGAUUUGAGGAUGAUGGCAAAGAAAGACAGCAGGCUGAGCUGAAGGUGAGAGAGUUGGAGAUGUUAAGAUUUUGACUAUGAGUGACCAGAAUGGACAAAAUUAGAAAUUAGUAUAUCAGAGGAACAGGUAAGGCUGAGCAGUUUAGAGACUGAAAAAAAAGCAAAGUGGAAACCGUUUGGACACUUAAAGUGGAGAUACAGUGUAUAUACCGGACAAAGGCUUUUGAAGAUGGAGGAAGACCACAAAGAAGGUCUGUGGAUUGAGUGAAGAAGGAUAGCAAGAGUGCUAGUGUAACGAGGAGGAUGCAAGGGAUAGGGUGAGAAGCAGGUAGAUGAUCGGAAAAGUAAAUUAGCCUUACCACAUGUAGUGUUUCCUGUCUACAUUAGCAUUAGUUUUAUUGUUUCAUGUGCAGCUUCUGAGCUUUCUGAGAAAAAAAAAAAACAUGUUGCUUUAAAAAAAAAACAGGAAAACUUUAUGUGGUUUUAAUACUACACACGAUAGCAGUGUGACUAAUGCAGACAGCAAUCGUAGCAAUGGUGGUUGAAUUUUCUGGUUCUCCAACAUCCAAAAAAAACCUAAAAAUAAAUGUAGCUUAGAGUGAGUUUUUAAAUCCAGGCUGCAGACGAUCCGAGUGCACUCUUACUGUUUUUCAUGUUAAAAAUGUGUUUAUUUGUUGAAAUGUAGUCAUUAAAUGUUUAAAUGUCCCAUGUAUGUAUAAGUGUCGGAAAUCACAAAAAUUGGUUUAACUGGAUACAAAAUGUGUCUUUUUUGUUUGAUUGAUAUUUGUAACUUUAGUUGAUUAAUUAGAUGUAAAAAUUAAAUGCAUCAUUUGGCCGGAGUCUAGGUUUGUCAGCUUUGGAGUAAAAAUGAAGUUAAAAUGAGGAGUAAACAACCCUGAACAGGAAAAAAUAGUUAUUCCCUUUUUUGUGAAAGAAAUAUAAAUAAUGGUGUACAACAGAGGUCCCUAAGACCCGCACCACGGACUGGUGUCGGCCCAAGAGUCAUUUGGUACCGGGCCUUGAGAGCUGAGGCUCGGGUGUGAAGUUUAUGGUUUUCAGGGUUUUUAUCAGUUUUUAUCGUUAUUUUUUUUAAUCAAUUUUAUCAUUAUCUCGGUUUCCCUGGGUCUUUUCCCGUGUGUUAUGAAUAAAUCUUCUUUAUCCGGUACCGGUACUGGUUUUAAUAUUGUUGUAUUUAUCUGUGACAACUUAAAGGCUGGUCCAUGAAAAUACUGUCAGACAUAAACCAGUCCAUGACGCAAAAAAGUUUGGGGACCGCUGGCCUACAAUGACGCACAGCCCUCAGUCCACUGCACUCAAGUAGAGUAUUUACCUGUUGCCAUGGUUAAUCUAUUCAUGACUAUCCGUCGAAGCACUCAGCUUUGAGUGAAUCAGCCUUAAUCAUCUUUCCUGGAAAUGAAAACUCUGAAUUUUCCUCCUGUUACAUUUUUUUCUAACAUCAUCAUAAUUACACUGUCUCUUUCGUGUUAUUUUAUGUUUUGAAAGGGUUGGUAGUAACAGCAGGUUUUAAAUCAAAAUCAGCAUUUCUACACAUAGAAAACUCACAAUUUAGAAAAGGUAAUUUAUUAAUACACAUUACUUUGUUCUAAAUAAUUAUAGUAUAAAACAAUGUUUUAAAAAUCAAUUUUAUUUCUGGGUAAACACUCAUGUCUACAGAAAGUGUCCUUAAAGUUCAAUAUUAUUGACACAGUCACUGUAUCAGUAAAGCUGUGCUGUAUCUACUGCUGAUGACUGCCAUCAUUCAGCUUUUUAAUUUUUUUUCUAUCAGGAUUUGUUCUAUAAAGACACCAAUGUAACUCUACAUAAGCAAAAAAAGAAAAUUAUACAGAACAUGAAUUGGAAUAAAUACAAAAUGACUAAGAGCAAUAAACACCAUUCAUCUUUAAAAAUUCAUUCAAGUCCCUGCAAUGGCCAGUCUUAAAAUUCAGUGUUUUCUCUGAGCAGCAGUGUAAAAUCCAAAGAGAUUCACAUGUGCCAAAAAAUGCAUCAAAUGCUGUCAUUUAUAAGGUUCGUUGCACUAAUAAGAGGUUUGGUUUUAAUUUUUAUUUGCUGAAGUCUUAAAAUCUUAAAGAAAAUGUAUUUUUAUUGUUAACCCUGUAACACCCAACUCAUCAAAAAAUAGCCAGAAACUUCAGAUAUUUGGGAACUGAGAUGUUUAUUAACCCUUAUAACGACAUCCACCAUUUCUAUUUAUUCAUUUAUUUUUUUGCUAUAUCAUGUUGUGUAUGAUGUAUUUUUAUUAUAUAUUUUUUGCAUCACAUUCCAUACAUUGGGCAUUUUUGGCAGUUUUUUGUUAACAACAAUAGUAAUUUUAAUUAUAGACAAAAAAAAGAGUUUUGUCCAUAACAUUAUGGCAAGUAUUGAUCAAGUUGAUGAGAUAGAGGUCACAGAAACUCAUGUAUCGAGUAUGAUGCAAAGGGCACUAUAGGGUUAAAAUUAUGCAGAAGUCCUGGCUCAGAUGUUAGUUUGAUGCUGUAAAUGUGUUGUUGUGACUGUAAAUUGUUGUUGCGACCUCGUCAACGUGUUUAACUUACUGUUGGGUAACAUGUGAUUGUAGUUAUGUAUUAAAACGUUUACUACAAGUGUACCUGA